AUGGGUUUGGAAAACUACAAGGUUGAACUUCAUCAUUUGCAGAUGCAAGUUCUUCAGGAUAUGGCCAGUGUUCAUUGUUCCUUCGUUAUGGGUAAAGCUAGAGUUGCUCCUCUAAAAACUGUAACAAUUCCACGGCUUGAACUGACUGCAGCAUUGGUAUCAGUCAACGUCAGUGCAUUUCUGCAACGUGAACUUGACUACAACGACAUUACUGAAACGUUCUGGUCUGACAGCAAAAUUGUGCUAAGUUAUAUUGCGAAUGAAUCGCUGAGAUUCCACGUCUUUGUUGCGAACCGUGUGCAACAGAUCAGAGAACAUACUGAUCCUUCUCAGUGGAAGUAUGUCAAGGGUGAAGAGAAUCCAGCAGACGAUGCGUCACGUGGCAUAAGUGUCACAGAUUUCAUGAAUUCCAAGUGGUUAACAGGACCAGAAUUUCUAUGA